AUGGCGCCCCUCGCAUCUACCCUCACACGCGUGCUCAUCACCGGCUUCGGACCCUUCGGCACAACCAUCAACAACCCCUCCUGGGGCAUCGCCUCCCGCCUUCCCACCACCUUGCCCAACAAUAUUUCUCUCCUCGUCCACCCGUCCGCCGUCCCGGUAGCCUACCACCCCGUCAUCGACCUCGUGCCCGACCUGAUCGCCGACCUCCAGCCUGAUAUAUCGCUGCAUAUCGGGCUCGCCGAGGGGCGCACGUACUUCGCGGUCGAGCAGACGAGUAGGAAGAACGUGUAUGGGAAUUCGAGGGACGUAGAGGGGCAGCCGUGGACGAAUGCGGAGGGAGAGGAAUACUGGGCCGGUGAGGAGGAGAGGCUGAGUACCGCGCUUGAUUUGAGAAGCGUGGUGGAGGAGUGGCAGGGAAGGACGGAGGGCAUUGUGUGGCCUCAGGAUAGCAGUAAGGCGAGUAUCUUGAAUAUCGAUGACGAUGGCGAUGUUAGGUGGAGUGAUAACGUGGGGACGUAUUUGUGUGCGUUUAUUUAUUACGCGAGUAUGGUUGAAAUGAGCAGAGAGACGGUGGGUGGGAGAAGGGAUACGGCGUUUAUGCAUGUGCCGAUGUUGAGGUCAGAGGCAGAGUUGCAGAUGGGUGUCAAUAUUACGGUUGAGCUUGUGCAGUCAUUGGUGGACACGUGGAGGGCGCAGAGAGCGGCGGAGUCAGAUUGA